UACCUAAUCUGCAGUUUCCUCCCACCAUCUCCAACUUUCCCUCUCUCUCACUGAUUUUUGCUCUCAUUGUCAUUCGCUCUCUCACUCUGACCGUUGUCCCAGUUCGCUUCUGUCUCUUUGUCUCUCCACCCGAGGAAACAGGAUGAACAAGGUGUCCCUCCUACUGGCGGCGGUGAUGGUGGUGGUGGCAAUGCUUCCUUAUGCAGAGUCGGUGAAGUGCUACGCGUGCAUCGGUUAUGACCCAGCGGCGCCAGACAACGACGACGACAACAAUCCGAGUUGCCCCCAGUCAUCCCUCAACGUGACUGCCCUCUCCGUUAAGGACGGGCCACAGUGCAGGGCUGAAAUCCGAGACUUCAAGGGCGUGAAGAGCACCCAGCGCAGCCCCUUCAGUGGAGACAACCCAGAGAUGAGAGACGGGGACUUCGUUACUGUGAAAGGUUACAUUUGCAGCACCGACUUCUGCAACAACCAGGACCCCAAUCACGCUGCCUUGACCACCUCCCUCUGCCUCCCGCUCUUCCUCCUGUCUCUCCUCACGGUCCUUCCUCUUCGUCUGGCCUAGGGGCGUCGUAGAAAUUAAUCCUAUUGCCACACACCUGUUUAGAUUAAUGCGCUGAGGUGUGAGCAGGUGUUUAUGGUCCUCAAUUUUGCUUAUGUUGGUUUAGUUGCAAAAGGUGUCACUAGGAAGCAGAAGGAAAGAUUGAUUGAGUUGUUAGAUUUUGGUUAGAACGUAAGGGUAUAUGAAAACAAGGGAAGCUGUAGGAAUCCAGAAGACCUACACGUGGGAGUCCCUAUACAUAACAUGCCUAUGCUUGUUUCCACCCACCGUGUCCCAUGCAUGAAUUUGUGUAAUCUGCUUUCAACGCUCACUGUUGAAUUGACAACCUGAAUUCAUUCCAUUCAUCUUUCAAUCUGUUUUAUGUCAUUUUUCUUAGAUCUAACUGUUUCAAGUCUGAUGUAACCUUUUUCCAAGCUUGAUCUAACUUUUUUCAAGCUUUAUCUAAUGUUUUCGAGCUUCAGUGAACAUUUUUCCAUGCUCAAUGUAACAUUUUUUUCAAGCUUGAUUUGACUUUUUUUUUUCAAGCUUCAUCUAAUUUAGUGAAGGUUGAAAAAUUUCCAGUUUCACCAGUCCCCGCACAGUGACUCACGUGACUCAGGUGAAGCGAGCAAGGCGUCAUUAUUUCAUUACCAGUCAAAGUGUUAAUCAUUUCACACCUGUACAUCUUCCCUCCACAUAGUCAACACACGUUUGUGCAACACUCAUCUUUGUGCUGCAGUCUCCUCAAUAGCUAUGUAUCCUUGAGGAGACAAAAUUAACCUAGUCUCUUUUUUUACUUUAAGUUUAUGGAAGCAGUUAAUCUUUACAGUUUUGUGAAUGAUAACCAAAGAAAACACAGCUGACAAAGAGUGAAUAACUGUGCUAAAGGAACAUUGCAGCUCAAAGACACGUAUUCUGAAACGCUCUACUCUCUCGCUACUACUGUUUUCAAAGGCCAUAGAUACGAUUCGCCCGAUUAGCCGGAUUCCAAAGUGCGUUUCUCAUGUACAUAAUGUAAAAAUGGUGUUGAUUUGUCACAAGAAACAUUAAAAACCUUUGUAACUUUAGAGUCUUUUGGAAUUAGUGGAGGUGUUGCCAGAAGCGUUAUAGAAUACGGUCUAACACUUUGCUAGACCUAGUCUUCCUGUACCGCCAGUGCAAUGCUCUUCAGGGAGAAUUAUGAGAAUUAUGUAGAAUUAUGUAGAAUUAUGAGAAUUAUGUAGAGAAUUAUGCAGCAAUAAACACUAUGAGUAAGUUC